GAUUCAUAUGAAGAAUAACAUUUCACUUUGUCUCAAUACGAUCUUCUCCUUCCAAAAAUUAUUUGAAUUCUUUCUGUUUAGUUGUUCACAGGACUACUUUUGUUAUUAUUCAUAAAUUUACUUCAAAAUAUUCGAAAAUCUAUCAAUGGUCCGCCUGGUCCUUGGGGUUUACCAAUACUAGGUUACUUGCCAUUUCUAGAGCCACAUGCACCUCAUAAAACUCUCCAACGCUUGGCACAAAAAUAUGGCCCCAUUUAUUCACUACGAUUGGGUAAUGUGAAUGCAAUUGUGCUAGCUGAUGCUGGUUUGGUGAGAGAAUAUCUUCGACGUGAUGAGUUUACAGCAAGAGCACCACUGUACGUAACCCAUGGCAUAAUGGGAGGAUAUGGUCUUAUUUGUGCUGAGGGUCUAUUGUGGAAGGAUCAACGACGGCGUACCAUCGAAUGGUUACGUGAAUUGGGCAUGACUAAGAAAGCUUGUAUGUCUCGUGCAAACCUUGAACUUCGCAUCAGCAAAGCUGUUACGGAAUGCUUGGAGUGGUUCCACGAGGAUGCUUCACUGGCAGCAGAGUUCAACCCUUUAUAUGCUAUACAACAUACUUUGGGCAACAUUAUCAAUGACUUGGUCUUUGGUAUCACUUAUGCACGCGAUGAUGUCACUUGGUUGUAUUUGCAGCAACUGCAGGAAGAAGGUCUAAAAUUGGUUGGCGUGUCUGGUAUCGUUAAUUUCUUGCCAUUUUUAAGAUAUUUACCAAAACAAAGUCGUACAAUAAGUUUUUUGCUUGAAGGCAAAAAAAGAACUCAUCAAAUUUACGAUCUCAUCAUAGAAGCCUGCCUGGAACGCCUUCAGGAAAAGCGUGAACAGCAACAAGAAGCAAGUAAAUUGGCAACAGAAACAGAACAAACCAAAAAGACUUGUAUUUUGGAAUGUUUUUUGGAAGAGCGUGAAAGACGACAGCAAGGAAAAGAUCACAAAUAUUCUACAAACAAUGGUGAGGAUUUUUAUUGUCAACAGCAGUUACGUCAUUUAUUAGCUGAUAUGUUUGGUGCGGGAGUUGACACAACACUUACAACUUUACGUUGGUUCUUGCUUUAUAUGGCCAAAAAUAUGGAUUGUCAAAUACAAUUGAGAAAAGAGCUGUCACUGCUCCCAAAAGAUUCAAUUACAUUAAGUGAUCUAGAACGUAUUGAUUAUUUACGUGCCUGCAUUUCUGAAGUACAACGUAUAAGGUCUGUUGUGCCUUUAGGUAUACCACAUGGCGCUGUAAGAGAUACUGACGUACAUGGCUUACGUAUACCGAAAAACUGCAUGAUUAUACCAUUGCAAUGGGCUAUACAUAUGGAUCCGGAUGUGUGGCCUGAACCAGAAAGUUUUAAACCGAAUAGAUUUUUGGAUGAGUUUGGUGUAUAUGACCAACCAGCGGAUUUUAUACCAUUUCAGACGGGAAAACGUAUGUGUUUGGGAGAUGACUUGGCACGCAUGAUGUUAUUGCUUUAUGUUGGUAUGAUUUUUCGCAAAUAUACUAUCAAACUCGCUCCAGAUUAUGAAGAUAUCAGUAUGGAUGGUGAGUGUGGCAUAACAUUGGCACCUCAUCGUUAUAACAUAGAAGUAAUUGAAAAUGAUAUGUAAGCGUGUCUUUGGUUUAGUAACUCGAAAUAAAACAAAUUAACUAGAAUAUUUAAAAGUUUUUUAAAAAUAAAUAUUAAAAAAAUUGGCUUAAGGAAAUUAAAUAAAUAUUUAUCAAAAUAAU